UUCUAUUCCAAACACACUGUAAGUAAAAUACUCAUAAUUCUCACUUUUCUUACCUCUUUCUUUCUUUCUUUCCAUUUUCACACUCAAACCAAACAAAAGUGAAACUUCUAUCCGAUUUCAGUAAUUAUUUUGUUUUUAUCGUUGAAUGUAAUCGUAAUUCGUAACCCAUGCCAAAUGUUGACUUAAUUUGUUUGAACUUGAGUUCCCCAAAUUCGACCUAAUCAAGCUCAAAGACAGUAUACAUUUAUAUAUUCAAAUUGAAACUGGAAUCAUACACAAAACAGUGACAAAAACUCCGACGAAACACCGUUAGGGAUCACAGAGCGUUCUAACAUCACUGAACAUCGUGUUUGAGGGUAGAAAUUGAUGAGGCCGAGGUGGUUGGGAAGUGUUAGGAGCUAUGCAAAGCAUCUUCGCAUUGAUGGGGUGAAGAAUACCAUAGCUAUUGCCUCUGGUAAAGGUGGUGUUGGCAAGUCCACAACUGCUGUGAAUUUAGCUGUUGCGCUUGCAAGUAAGUGCCAAUUGAAGGUUGGUUUACUUGAUGCUGAUGUAUAUGGACCCAACAUUCCCAUCAUGAUGAACAUUAACACAAAGCCUCAAGUCACUCUAGAUAAGAAAAUGAUUCCCAUUGAUAAUCAUGGGAUCAAGUGUAUGUCAAUUGGGUUCCUUGUGGAGAAGGAUGCUCCAAUUGUUUGGAGAGGUCCCAUGGUAUCAAAUGCUCUUGAGAAAAUGACAAGGGGAGUUGAUUGGGGUCACCUUGACAUUCUUGUGAUAGAUAUGCCUCCUGGCACUGGUGAUGUCCAGAUAUCUAUGUCUCAGAAUCUGCAAUUAUCAGGUGCAGUGAUUGUUUCAACUCCUCAAGAUGUAGCCUUAAUGGAUGCGAGGAGGGGAGUACAAAUGUUCAAUAAAGUUGAUAUUCCGAUUUUGGGAGUUAUAGAGAAUAUGAGCUGCUUUAAGUGUCCACAUUGUGGCGAACUUUCACAUAUAUUUGGUAAAGGAGGGGCUCAUGCGACAGCUGAUGAAAUGGGAUUACAAUUUUUGGGCGAGAUACCACUGGAAGUGGAGAUCAGGGAAGCUUGUGAUCAAGGGCACCCAAUAGUGUUGGCCGCGCCUGAUUCAGUAGUUUCCAGAGCAUAUGGUAAUAUUGCCGAAAAAGUUGUUCGGAAACUCAAGGAGCAACCAUUUCAACCAGAGAUUAUACUAUGAAAUGCUUCGCUUUACCAUGAUAACUCCCCAGUCCGUGAGCAAGAAAAGAAGACCGAGCUGGCUUCCCCUAUGCUAUUUAAACCGGGGUUUGACUACUUCUAAAUUUGGUUAAAUUGUGGUUUGAGAUGCAGGCCUGACAAAUGAUUUUUAGAAUUGUAGAUUCAAGUAUCUUCAAUUUUGUUUAAUAAGCAGUUGGGUGGUUCUUUGACGUCGCACAUACGCUGUCAAAUUAGAAGUUUAAUUAAACUUCAACAUUGAUGUUACAUUUGGAAUUGGUGCUUCCAGCAGUGUUUUGCUAUGCCAUUUUUAAGUUAAAAGAGUCUUUAUUACGGAAGGCUGUUACAUAAA